AUGGUAAAGGAGGAAUGGAGGAGUUUAGGAGAUGGGCAGUUCACGGACAAGUUAAAGGCUUUGACGACUCCGCUGAGCAGAUGGCAUAGAAAGAAUUUUGGGGAUAUGGACACAAGGAUUACACAGUGUGAGGAAGAAAUACAGAAAGUAGAUGACAUGGUGAGCACCGGAGUGGCAGAUGGGACGGUGGAAGCAAGACGAAAGGUGCUGGUAAGCUACUGUAAGAAAUGGUACAUCAGAAAGGAGCUACAUUGGAAGCAGAUGUCAAGAUCUCGGCAUGCAAAGGAGAUGGAUCAAAACACUCGUUAUUUCCACAAUUUAGCCUCAGCUCGGAGAAGGUCCAAUCGGAUUGAUGCCUUAAUGGUUAAUGGGAGAUUGGUGAGGAAUCAAGCCAGGAUCAAGAUUGCUAUACGAGACUUCUAUAAGGAGCUGUACCACCAAGAGGCAUCGCCUAAUAUUGGAUUUAGGGAUGGGCUGGUAAAGCAAGUUAAUGAGGAAGAGGCAGCUGUGUUAGAGUUGAUGCCAACAGCUGACGAAAUAAAGGAUGCAGUGUGGGACUGUGAGUCAACAAAGGCACCAGGCAGCGAUGGGUAUAAUAUGAAUUUUAUAAAGAAGUGCUGGGGGAAUUGGGAAGGGAGUUCACUGGAGCGGUGA